AUGGUUACGACGCUCAUUCUCGCUUUUCUUCAACUUCAUACUGUAUCAGGAUUCAACAAAGUGUAUUCCAGUCAUAAAUGUAAUGAAUCAGAAACACUAAUGCAAAGAAUAACGGCUUCAUUUCACUUUGUUUUGGUGGGAAGUUGUCAACUUCACAUCUCAUUACAACCAAUUCCAGAUAAGACCUACCACGCUAACAACGUAAAAUGCAAGUACGAGAAACAUAAACCAAUAUUAUUUCCUUGGGGAAAGAACAAACUAGCCAUUAUUUUGAAAAGAAGAAAAAACAUGGAAAUGGUUAUAAUACCAGCACGAGCAAUUUUGUUAGACGUGCCGUACAAGAUAAUAUCACUUGGGAAAUCGGAUGAACUAAAAAUGAUCCCCGUAGAAUCAGUGAACAGUGAGAUCAGAACAUGUCAUCAAGCUAAAAAAAACGGAGGAUUAAUCUGCUAUUCUUUUGAUGAAUUGUUCAGGAUAACCCAGUAUGAAUUCCAGAACAAAAAAUCCUCAUUCAGGAAACGCGCACAGAAAUCAUUGCAUCUACCUCUUUUCUAUAAAUAUGAAGACAUCAUUUCUUAUAUAGAUGAAGAUGGAACAUAUCGAUUAUGGGUGGCCGAGCGUCUGGAUUUCUUUUACGAUAUGACCAUCGAGAAUCUCAGUUUGGGACUAUAUGAUGCUGGGGCGCCUGGUAGUUACAUUGGAAAUGAUCCUAAUAUAUUCACUAGUACCGAUUUUGCAAUGAUUUAUGCUGAUCAUGCUGGAAUGACUUCAAAACGAUGUUACACGUUCGAUUUCGGCUAUACUGCCUGUCUCUAUCGAUACAGUUUACAUGCAGCAAAGAUAACAAAUACAAUGCCUACAUAUUGUAUCUAUGAUGAGAAUCUUGAAAUUUAUCCAGGUAUCGUUUUCGAAAAAUGGCCUCCAACCAAAAAAACAGCAAAACCACCUUUAAGGGAAGGAGAUCCAAUGAGUGAAAAGAGGCAAGCUUGGACAACUGCUUACAUCCCAAUCCAAGUGUUAGCGUUCAUCACCUUCAUUUACUUGUGUUUUUUCUUUUUCUAUGCAUUCAAACCACAUCCAAGCAGCAAUCUUGUCGAACUUUCUGUAAUUAUGGAAGAUGAGCUCAUCCGCCUCUCCAUACUUACUUCUGAAGCAGUUCGAACGAUGAAAGCUGCUCGUGGUAAAAAACGGAAACCGUUAAUUCUUAUGAAACCUCCCGAGGAUCCUACGCAAGAAUCCUUGGAGGAUGUGUGUUGCCCCGGAACCACUUGUAAUACAGCUAUAUGUGUGCACGAACAUGUUCCACCUCGGGAGAUAUCCCCUCCUCAAAAACAACCUUCCGUUGUGACAGAUAUCCGAAGCCAAGAUAAAGGACUUGGACAUGAGAAUGUUCCUGACAAGUUCCUUAAAAGCGCAGCAAACGCUAUAUCACAAACUUCAACAUAUCCGAAGCUUAAACCAUGGACUAAAACGGAAAAUCAACAUGCACCUCAACAUGUUGAUAAUCAACACGUACCAAAAGCGCCGGCGAAGAAACAUAUGUCAGCCGAAAAAUUUGCGCCUCCGCAACGGAGAACAUCAUUCGAUCAAGGAAAACAUCGACACAAAAAAGCGGCGAAGAAGCAGUGA